GGGCCGAAUGCUCAAGGCCUCAUGCCGGGGCGCCGCCGCCUCCGAGGCUCCGAGUCCCCCUCGCGCCGCCGCCGCCGCAGGGGCCGGUGAUCGCCGCCGAUCCUCGCGCGACGCGGCAUCCCUGGGUUGCGGCACCAGUCGCAAGCGGUUGCCCGCCGGUACGCCUCGCCAGGGUUCGGCCUCCAACAUUCCCGCGGACCGCGAGGUCCCACCGCCUGGCUGCGAGCUCCUGCGCGCGUCCCCGGCUCGCCGCGGGUCCGUUCCACGCCCUUUUGGAUCUAAGGCACACAAUACUUCGUCCUCAGGUGAAUGCUCUAUCACUGGAGCGCACCAUAGAGCCAUAUCAUGCUGUUCAAUUUGAGGGCAAUUACUAGUUACCUGUUCUUCUGUAUGCAAUCACGAGGAUGCUAGCAAUAAGAGGUUUAUCCAAGACUGCUGCUGCAAGGACCGACAAAAUUGCGGCGCUUAAGCUGUGCAGGAGGUUAUUGGGAUUUGUUGCUGGUGCAAAUUCUGGGUAUAGUAGGCCAUCUUAUGUUGUUAAGUUUGCUGUGUUGUUCCAAAACUGCGCAGAUGUGAGGUCUCUAAAGAAGCUCCAUGCUCGCGUUCUCACGCUUGGACUUGGCAGGGAUGUUACUCUUGGUUCUGAAAUUCUGAUUCGUUACGCCGGUCUAGGCAUCCUGCCCAUGACAAGCCUUUGUUUCCAAGGCUUUUUAAACAAUGAUCUUGCCCAGUGGAGUUCAGCCAUGGUUGACAUUUUUAGAGCUGGUUAUGCAGAGGAAGUUAUUCAUUUGUACAGGGGAUUGAAGCUGCGUCAGAUUGGCUUGGAUGAAAAAACUAUUACUUUUGGGUUGAAAAGCUGCACUGAGCUCCGAAAUUUGUUAUUGGGUAAAGGAAUGCAUGCAGACUCACUGAAGCUUGGCCUCAGUAGGGAUAAAUUUGUUGGUUCUUCUCUUGUUGGGUUAUACUCUAAGCUUGCCAGGAUGGCUGAUUCGCAUAAGGUGUUUGAAGAGAUUUUGGACAAGGAUAUUGUUUCUUACACCUCGAUGAUCACUGGUUAUUCUGAAAAUAUGGAUUCUACUUCUUGGAAUGCAUUUGAAAUUGCCAGUGACAUGCUGCAGAGCAACUUGGAAGUAAACCGUGUGACUCUGGUUAGCUUACUGCAAGUUGCUGGUAAUUUGAGAGCAAUUAGAGAAGGCAAAUCAGUACAUUGCUAUUCCAUAAGGAGGGGAAUUGGUGUCUCAGAUGAAGUUCUAGAGACCAGCCUUGUUCACAUGUACACUCGAUGUGGAGCUUACCAAUUAGCAUCUACUGUCUUGAAGAAUUCGAUGCAAGCUGUGGCUUCCUGGAAUGCGUUGCUUGCUGGUCUUGUUCAAACCGGACAGAGUGGAAAUGCAGUCCACCAUUUCUCUGUCAUGCUGCAUGAGCAUAAGGCAAUUCCAGAUUCUGUAACCUAUGCAAAUGUAAUUUCUGCAUGUGCUGAGCUACACAAUUCUGGCUGUGCUGCCAGUGUUCAUGCCUAUCUAAUUAGAAGAUCCAUUCCUCUAGAUGUAGUUUUGGCCACAGCCCUUAUCGAGGUAUACUUCAAAUGCACUAGAAUUAUGAGAUCCAGGCAUCUCUUCGAUCAAUUGAUGGUUAAAGAUGUUGUCUCCUAUAACGCUAUGAUCUAUGGUUAUCUCCAAAGUGGCAUGGCCAAUGAAGCCAUUACAUUACUUAAAGAAAUGAUGGUACAAUGUGUUGCACCGAAUUCUGUGACUGUUCUUAGUCUGCUUGCAGCUAUUGCUGAUCACAAGGAUCUUGUUAGAGGGAGGUGGAUUCACGGAUUUGCAAUUAGGCAUGGAUUUUGUUCAGAUGUUGACAUUGCAAAUCAAAUUAUACGUAUGUAUUCUUUCUGUGGAAAGAUUGCAGCAGCAAGGAUUGUAUUUGCUUUGUUGGAAAAGAAAAUUUUGAUUUCAUGGACAGCCAUGAUGAUGGGAUGCUUAUUCUGUGGACAUGGUAGUGAAACAGUUCGAUUAUUGCAAUUAAUGCAGCAACAUGGUGUGAAGCCUGAUUCUGUCACUCUUAUGGCUGCAGCUCAGGCUGCUUCUGAGCUUGGACAUUUGAAAGGUGUAAAACAAAUUCAAUGUUUUGUCUACCGUGCCUUGUUGGAGAAAGAUACAAAGACCGCAAAUUCUAUAAUAACUGCAUAUGCCAAAUGUGGAAGGUUGGAUUUAUCUGUAGGUUUGUUCUUAAGUUUGGAAAACAGAGACCUAGAUUCAUGGAAUGCUUUGAUCAGUGCUUACGGGAUGCAUGGGUUUUAUAUUAAGGUGCUUGAAAUGUUUAAGCUAAUGGAAGAAGGAAACAUUAAUCCUGAUGGGUUAACAUUUUCCUCAGUGCUUUCUGCAUGCAGUCAUGCUGGACUAGUUAAGGAGGGUUUGCGUAUUUUUCAGUCGAUGACCUCUAUGUAUUCAGUUCUUCCACAGGAAGAGCAUUAUGGUUGCAUUGUUGACUUACUGAGUCGAGCAGGGCAUCUCGAAGAAGCAUACAAGCUCAUAAAGUUAUCUACCUUAAAUGACAGAUCUAGUGUACUUUGUGCUUUGCUCUCUGCAUGCAGAACUCAUGGAAAUACAAUACUUGGACAGAUUAUUAGCGAUGAGCUCCUUGAGCUCGAACAGAAUCCAGGUACUUAUGCUUUGAUUUCAGAAGUAUUUGCUCAGAAAGGACAAUGGAAUAAAUCAGCUACUAUAAGGAAUAUAGCAAACAAAAGUGGGUUGAGAAAACUUCCUGGUUCUAGUUUCAUUGAAUCAGUGGAGAAAGCUAACAAUCUGCGUUAAAGAGGUGCAUGAACAUCACAUAUAAAUGGCUCCUUUAUUAUGCACUUGAACCACCAUUCAAUCUCGAUAUGGAGCAAAAUUCUGUUAUGCGCUGAUAGCUUGAAUCAUUUUAGCAGAAAACUGUAAAGUUUGUAGUUCUUUCACCGAAUAUGCACGCAUGUCCUCUAUUGACUUCUUAUUUGGAAAAAAGAGAUGAAUCAUCAUGUUUGGACAUGCUUAUUGUUUCAUUCCUUCAAGGAUCAAGCUGGAUAUUUGAAAAACGCAAGCAGCAGACAAUGAGAAGGGAAGGACUGCUAGCUUGGAUGUGUCAGGUUGCAUAAAUGCCAUACUGGACGACAAGUGGAUGUAGGUACCAUGUGGAACUUUAACCAGACGAUGACAUGAGAAAUCGCGGCAGAGGAUGCUGUUUGUAACCUCGUGACAUUUAUUCUUCUGAACCAAGUAUAGUAGGGAGCCUACAUGAGUCUCAUAGUCAGUGAGGCAAUGCAAGGCUGGCAGAAUACAGAGAUUGGAGCUUCGGCACAUAGUGAUCUCAUGUCAAGCACGUUAAGGUCUGCACCAUCAGGAAGCCCCCAAUCAAAGUGGUACAGGAGAUUCGCCAGUGUGAGCUCCAUGGUUGUGGUCGCGAUUCGCGAAUAAAGCUCCUGGACAUUGCCUGCGUCCAGCUCCAAAUGGGAUGAACUAAGAGUCUGUCCACUUGUAGCUCGUUGUGCUGCUCUCAAACCUUCUGGCCUGAACUUGUCGGCCUUGCCCCAAUAUUUUGGGCCCCUCGCAACUGCGAAGGUUGAAGGCGUUGAUGAAGACGGAGGAACCCUUGGGUACGUUGUAGCCCAUGAUCCAGCAAUUUUCUUGGCUGGCACGAAGAAUAAACAGAGGAGUUGGACGGAAACCUUGGACUUAGAGUCUCCUUGAUGACCAUCCUUAGGUAGGGGAGCUUGCCAAGGUUUUGCGUUGGUCAUAGUAACUCUUCCUUAGCUGAGCUUUGUCGAACUUCGCACGUUGCCCCUGACAUUGCCUGCUGAUUACCGAUGAGCUCCACCAUGGCCCAGUCUAUAGUGUACUGGCCGUGGUGUUCGUAGCUGCUCCAAAUAUGUCCUGGAACUGGAAUGAUGUGAAGCUCAGUGAUUGUAAGCAUGAAUAUUGGAUACCUACAUGUGCAAACAUUGCAAGAUAUAGAAUAAAAAUAAUAAAAAAUGAAUCCGAUGUUAUUGA